AUGUCUUGGAAAGACUCCAACUGCCAUAAGCGCAUCCUCCGCGAGGCCGAAAUCGGCCGCUUCGGGGUCAUCGCUGCCAUCGCGUACAACAUCGAACAAGUUUUGGGCCUGGUGCGAGCUGCAGAAAUUGCACGCUCACCACUCAUCAUUCAAUUCUUUCCGUGGGCCAUCGAAGCCACAGAUGGCUUACUGGUACACAUCGCUGCCGACGCUGCCAAGCGUGCAAGUGUGCCGAUCAGCGUUCACCUCAAUCAUGCUCAGUCGGAAGCUAUCAUCAAGCGCGCGGCAGAGCUUCCAUUCGAUAGUAUCAUGGUGGAUAUGUCGCACUACGAAAAGGAUGUGAAUCUAAAGAUGACGCGCGAGCUGGUGCAAUAUUGUAACGCGCGCGAAAAGGUCACGGAGGCCGAGCCGGGUCGUCUCGAAGGAGGGGAAGAUGGAGUGAUGGAUACAGCAGGAUUAGAAGCCUGUAUGACGACCGCCGAGGAAGUAGAUGAUUUUAUCCAGACGGGUGUGGAUGUUCUCGCGCCUUCUUUUGGCAAUGUUCAUGGUGAAUACGGUCCGCGCGGCCCUCAUCUACACUUUGAGAGAUUUGAGAAAAUCCGAGCUCAGGCGAACGGCAGGAUAAAUCUGGCUCUACACGGCACCAACGGGUUUGCCCCCGAGCUGUUGAAGCGCUGUGUGGCCGCUGGUGUCACGAAAAUCAACGUAAACCGACUGGUCUUGGACGACUACUACGACCAUCUAUUUGCAAACGCGGGGAAAAUGCCCCAUACACAGCUUAUCGAGGAGGGUAUUAAAAAGGUGACAGACCUUACCAUCAAGUGGAUGGAAAUCUGCGGCUCUGCGGGUAAGGCGUGA